UCAGUAUUCUGAUGACUAGAUCUUGGUAAGUCAGACAGUUCAGACUGCAUACUGUAUGUUCAGAAAAGACAACUUAUGAUGUGGUCAUGUUGUGAUAAAUGCUGAUCAACAUUAUUUUACAUUCUAAGGUGUGUGAUAAUAUUUAUUUUAUGUGGUGUGUCUGUACAGAGAGACCUGUGGCUGUUCUGACCCUCCAACCCAACUGGCCUCAGAUAUUCAGUGGAGAGACUGUCACUCUCAGAUGUAACAUACAGGGAGGAGAAGAGAUUGAGUAUGCUUUUUAUAGCAGUGGGAAGUUGGUCUACACGAAUACAGAGCCUGAGUACAGAAUCAGUCCUGCAAAGAAUGGUCUAUAUACCUGUGAAUGUCUUCAGAAAAUCAAUGGCUUAAAACACUCAGAGACAAGUAAUGCUAUACAAUUGACCGUGUUAGGUAAGUCUGUUUUUAUGGGAUUGCAAGAGAAAGAGACAGAAUAUUGUGUCAUCUCCUUUAUAACAGAUAAACCCCAAGCUGUCCUGAGUGUCUCUCCUCAGUGGCUGAACCCUGGAGACUCAGUUAUUCUGAGCUGUGGGGUUAAAGAGUCAUCUACAGGCUGGAGGUUCUUCUGGUACCGAACUGUUCCCUACACAGCUGGGUUACCCUCCCUAUUGGACAGGUCCUACUCUGUAGAGCCUCUAUCUGGCUAUGGGACUACUGAAGACUCCUACACUCUGAUCCCUGCUGGUCCUAAUCACACAGGAGGAUAUGUGUGUAGAGCUGGGAGAGGAGACCCAGUCUAUGACACACUCUACAGUGAACCUCAGUUUCUCUGGUCAGGAGACCUGCAUCCUUCAGUGUCUCUCAGAAUAAGACCCAACAGAACUCAACACUUUACAUCAAAGUCUCUCUCACUGAGCUGUGAGGAGAAGGGGAACUCUACUGGAUGGAGACUGAAGAGAUACAGAGAGAGAGGAGUGGAGUCAAGGUGUGGCUCUAACUGGGGAUCAAUAGCAGGGUCCACAUGUACCAUCAGGUCCACACUUGAAAAGGACAGUGGAGUGUACUGGUGUGAGUCUGCAUCAGGAGAGUACAGUAAUGCUGUCAACAUCACAGUGGCUGCUGGUGCUGUGAUCCUGGAAAACCCUGCCUAUCCCAUGACUGAGGGAGACUCUUUGACUCUGCUCUGUACAAAUAGAUAUCAGGAAACAAACCCAAACCCCAAGGUUGAUUUCUACAAAGAUGGAGAACUCAUCAGGAAUGAGACCACAGGAGAGAUGACCAUCCCUGCAGUAUCCAAGUCAGAUGAAGGCUUCUAUAAGUGUAAAUCUAAUGAAGGAGAAUCACCAGAGAGCUGGGUGACUAUGAGAGUCCCUCCAGGUUCUAUUGUCUCCAUGUGUCUGCUGUCCAGGCUGCUCUGUGGUCUACUGGUGUUGUCUCCCUUUCUACUGGUGUCUAUCAUUCUGAUGGUGAAAUGCUGCAGGGCUCAAGGCAUGUGUUCAACAACCAAAUCUCCUCAAGAUGAGUUACGAUCUGAUGAUAUCAUCGAACAGACCGAAUCAUCCAGAAAGUCACUUGUCUGUGGGGACAGAAUGGAGAGCACCUUGCUCUGUUUGCUACUAGUGCUGAGUACACACAUCUACUCUGGACACUCUGAAGAUGAUGAUGGACAGGCAAAGGCUGAUCUGACCAUACACCCCAAAUCCUCACAGAUAUUCAGUGGAGAGUCUGUUACUCUCAGAUGUAACAUAAAGAGAGGAGAAGUCACUGACUGGGAAUACACAUGGCACAAGGAUGGUGUAGACUUACUCAGUAAGAAGCAUGAAUAUGAGAUCAGUGAGGUUAAGAUGUCAGACAGUGGUGACUACUGGUGUCUCGGUACACAUAUUGAUCAGAAGAAGGAUUCUAAGUGGAGUAAUCGAGUCAGACUGACGGUGACAGCUCUGCCUACAGCCUCAGUUAAGAUAGUCACUACCCAGGAACCACUGUACUCCGGAGACACAGUCAAGCUGCAGUGUGACAUAUCAGACUACACAGACUGGACGUACCACUGGUUAAUAAAUAAAGAACGGCUUUCCAGUCACACCAGUAAAACCACCACCAUCUUUCUCUCUGACCAGGCUGGUCAGUACCAGUGUGAGGGGAGAAGGACAAGACGGCCCCAGAAGUCAUAUCUCAGCUCAUCUCUCCACAUCAGCGUCACUGCUCUGCCUGAAACUACACUGACCGUAAAUCCAAACCCUGCAUACACUGGAGAGACAGUAACUCUGAUGUGCUCAGUGGGGUCUGACAGUGACUGGAGCUAUACAUGGUACAAAGACAACACUAAGAAAGUAGUGACCUUGUCUGGCAGACACACUACAACAGGAGCCACCUUCACCAUCAGUAGAGCUGCUGAGUCUGACCAGGGUCUCUACUGGUGUCAGGGAGAGAUCCAGUCCAGAUCCAUAUCAUCAAUCAUCAGUGAUCCUGUCACUAUCACUGUGAAAGCCCUGCCCAAAGCUAUACUGACCAUAAAUCCAAACCCUGUGUACACUGGAGAGACAGUAACUCUGACGUGUUCAGUGGGGUAUGACAAUGCCUGGAGCUAUACAUGGUACAAAGACAACACUAAGAAAGUAGUGCCCCAGUCUGACAGACACACUACAACAGGAGCCACCUUCACCAUCAGUAGACCUGCUGUGUCUGACCAGAGCCUCUACUGGUGUCAGGGAGAGAUCCAGUCCAGAUCCAUAUCAUCAAUCAUCAGUGAUCCUGUCAAUAUCACUGUGAUUGAGAGACCUGUGGCUGUUCUGACCCUCCAACCCAACUGGCCUCAGAUAUUCAGUGGAGAGACUGUCACACUCAGAUGUGACAUACAGGGAGGAAAACGGAUUGAGUAUGCUUUUUAUAACAGUGGGAAGUCGUUCUACUCGAAAACAGAGCCUGAGUACAGAAUCAGUCCUGCAAAGAAUGGUCUAUAUACCUGUGAAGGUCUUCAGAAAAUCAAUGGCUUAAAACACUCCGAGACAAGUAAUGCUAUACAAUUGACCGUGUUAGAUAAACCCCAAGCUGUCCUGAGUGUCUCUCCUCAGUGGCUGAACCCUGGAGACUCAGUUACUCUGAGCUGUGGGGUUAAAGAGUCAUCUAUAGGCUGGAGGUUCUUCUGGUACCGAACUGUUCCCUACAGAGCUGGGUUACCCUCCCUAUUGGACAAGUCCUACUCUGUAGAGCCUCUAUCUGGCAAUGGGACUACUGAAGACUCCUACACUCUGAUCCCUGCUGGUCCUAAUCACACAGGAGGAUAUGUGUGUAGAGCUGGGAGAGGAGACCCAGUCUAUGACACACUCUACAGUGAACCUCAGUUUCUCUGGUCAGGAGACCUGCAUCCUUCAGUGUCUCUCAGAAUAAGACCCAACAGAACUCAACACUUUACAUCAAAGUCUCUCUCACUAAGCUGUGAGGAGAAGGGGAACUCUACUGGAUGGAGACUGAAGAGAUACAGAGAGAGAGGAGUGGAGUCAUGGUGUGGCUCUUACUGGGGAUCAAUAGCAGGGUCCACAUGUACCAUCAGGUUCACACUUGAAAAGGACAGUGGAGUGUACUGGUGUGAGUCUGGAUCAGGAGAGUACAGUAAUGCUGUCAAUAUCACAGUGGAUGCUGGUGCUGUGAUCCUGGAGAGCCCUGCCUAUCCCAUGACUGAGGGAGACUCUGUGACUCUGCGCUGUACAAAUAGAUAUCAGGAAACAAACCCAAUCCCCAAGGUUGAUUUCUACAAAGAUGGAGUACUCAUCAGGAAUGAGACCACAGGAGAGAUGACCAUCCCUGCAGUAUCCAAGUCAGAUGAAGGCUUCUAUAAGUGUAAAUCUACUGAAGGAGAAUCACCAGAGAGCUGGGUGACAGUGAGAGGCGUAACUCCUGGACCCUCUACAUCAGUCCUAGUAGUAGUGGUUGUGGGCCUGGUUGUUGCUGGUGUUCUAAUGGCCAUUCUCCUGGUACUGCUGUGUCGAUAUAAAAACGCCAAAGGUUCCUGUUGUAACAGGAUAUUCUCGCCCCCCCAGCCACACAGCACCAACCUGGACCCCAAACAGGACCAAGGAUCUACCCAGAGCCAGGCUCCUGAUGCUGGGUAUACACGUCCGCAGCAUGAUGCUGCUGCUGCUACUGCUGGACCAAGUGAUGUGAUGUACGCCCAGAUUCAACUCAAAAAGUUCGACAAGAAAAAGAAAAAAAAGCCAGCUGUUCCAAAAGAAAAUCCAGUCUAUUCUGAGGUCAAGACAGGGAAGGCCACAGCAGCAACUGGACAUGCUGAGGUUGACCUUAAACAGAAGGCCAAAGCCAAGAAGAAGAAAGAAACAGAAACCCCACCUGAGGCAGAUUCGGUCUAUUCUCAAGUGAAGCCAGUCACAGCCCCAGGACCUUGAGGGGGGCAGGGAUGGAGGAAUGGAGGGAUGGA